GGAAGAUGAGAGCCCUUUUGGUAGUACUCGUAAACCUUGUCCUGUCGCCACAGUGGAUUCAAGGAAGCGUACAGAAAUCUGAAUUCCGGGACGCCAUAAAGAAAAUGGGGAAAGACAUGAAGAUAGCCAUCCAAAUGGACAACGAGUUAAAGAGGAAUGUUUCCCAUGGAAAACCAUUUACGGAGCGGGCCACAAGCCCUGACAAGAAGUUGUUCCGAAUCCAGCCCAUCAAGAACGCCAUAGUCCAAAUUAGUUAUUCCAAGCCACAGGGCGACCAUCCCCCCGAAAGCCACAGUGCCAAACGGCGAAAGCAGCCAACGUACUUUAUAAACUUUAACUUUCAAAACCGUGGAAACUCCAAGCCGACAGUGGAUCAGCCGUCGCCCACCAUUCAGCCAAAGAUGCUGCGGACUCGGGGAAAGAGACUUCGAAACGGAUUGCCCAAUCCUUACAAGACUUUUCCACUUAAAGGUGAAGAUAUCUAACAGCUUCUAUUAUUCUUAUUUACAAGCAAAACUAAUCACAGAUAAGAAAAUAUUUGA